UUCCGUGUGCUGCUGCGCGGGAGCUAGAGGCUGCGGACCCGGGAUCACUUGAGCGACCCCCAGCGUUCGCCCGCCGCGCCGAGGCCCGGGUGGUACCUCACCGGCCGCCGGGCCCGUCCGGGUCGGGUGCGCACCGAACCCCCAUCCGCGCGCGCGCCCGGGAGCCGCGCCGAAAGCCAGACUCUAGCCACCGCGACCCCUGGCGCCUGGCCCGCGCCCGGAGGUCUGCCAGGAACUGGCCCAGGUGAGGGCAGUGGGCCUACUUCUGGUGGUGGUUGUGUGGCGGUGGUGGCAGCAGGAGCCAGGACUACAGACAAAGGGGAGCCGGGAUCCCCAGCCCUGCUGCAAGCCCCAACAUGGCACCGUUCCUGCGCAUCUCCUUCAACUCCUACGAGCUGGGCUCCCUGCAGGCCGCAGACGAGGCAAGCCAGCCCUUCUGUGCUGUGAGGAUGAAGGAGGCACUCAGCACAGAGCGUGGGAAGACGCUGGUGCAGAAGAAGCCCACCAUGUACCCCGAGUGGAAGUCCUCGUUCGAUGCCCACAUCUAUGAGGGUCGCGUCAUCCAGAUCGUGCUGAUGCGAGCCGCGGAGGAGCCAGUGUCCGAGGUGACAGUGGGUGUGUCGGUGCUGGCCGAGCGCUGCAAGAAGAACAAUGGCAAGGCCGAGUUCUGGCUGGACCUGCAACCCCAGGCCAAGGUGUUGAUGUCUGUGCAGUAUUUCCUGGAAGACAUAGAUUGCAAGCAGUCAAUGCGGGGUGAAGGCGAGGCCAAGUUCCCAACGAUGAACCGCCGUGGAGCCAUCAAACAGGCCAAAAUUCACUACAUCAAGAACCACGAGUUUAUCGCCACCUUCUUUGGACAGCCCACUUUCUGCUCUGUGUGCAGAGACUUUGUUUGGGGUCUCAACAAGCAAGGCUACAAGUGCAGGCAAUGCAACGCUGCCAUCCACAAGAAAUGCAUCGACAAGAUCAUUGGCCGGUGUACGGGCACUGCAGCCAACAGCCGGGACACCAUAUUCCAGAAAGAACGUUUCAACAUUGAUAUGCCACACCGGUUCAAGGUUUAUAACUACAUGAGCCCCACCUUCUGCGACCACUGCGGCAGCCUGCUCUGGGGGCUGGUGAAGCAGGGAUUAAAGUGUGAAGACUGUGGCAUGAACGUGCACCAUAAGUGCCAGAUGAAGGUGGCCAACCUCUGUGGCAUCAACCAGAAGCUCUUGGCCGAGGCCUUGAACCAAGUCACCCAGAGACCUGCCCGGAGGUCGGACUCCGAGACUGCAGAGACUGUUGGGAUCUACCAGAAUUUUGAGAAGAAGCCAGGAGUCUCUGGAGAUGAUGUCCCAGGAACUGGGACCUACGGCAAGAUCUGGGAGAGCAGCACCAAGUGCAGCAUUGAGAACUUCACCUUCCUCAAGGUCCUGGGCAAAGGCAGCUUCGGGAAGGUGCUGCUCGCAGAGCUGAAGGGCAAAAAAGAAUUCUUCGCCAUCAAGGCCCUCAAGAAGGACGUGGUUCUGAUCGAUGAUGACGUGGAGUGCACGAUGGUGGAGAAGCGGGUGCUGGCGCUCUCCGGGGAGAAUCCCUUUCUCACCCAUCUCUUCUGCACCUUCCAGACCAAGGACCACCUGUUCUUUGUGAUGGAGUUCCUCAAUGGGGGCGAUCUGAUGUAUCACAUCCAGGACAAAGGCCGCUUCGAGCUCUACCGUGCCACGUUUUAUGCGGCUGAGAUAGUCUGUGGACUACAGUUUCUACACCAGAAAGGGAUCAUUUACAGGGACCUCAAGCUGGACAACGUGAUGCUGGACCGGGACGGCCACAUCAAGAUUGCUGACUUCGGCAUGUGCAAGGAGAACAUGUUCGGGGACAAACAGGCCAGCACCUUCUGCGGCACCCCUGACUACAUCGCCCCCGAGAUCCUGCAGGGCCUGAAGUACUCAUUCUCCGUGGACUGGUGGUCCUUUGGAGUCCUCCUCUAUGAGAUGCUCAUUGGUCAGUCCCCCUUCCACGGUGACGAUGAGGACGAACUCUUCGAGUCCAUCCGUGUGGACUCACCGUAUUAUCCCCGCUGGAUCACCAGGGAGUCCAAGGACAUCCUGGAGAAGCUGCUUGAACGGGAUACAACCAGGAGGCUGGGAGUGACAGGGAACAUCAAAAUCCACCCCUUCUUCAAGACCAUCAACUGGGCUCUGCUGGAGAAACGUGCAGUGGAGCCGCCCUUCAAGCCCAGAGUGAGGUCCCCUGGAGACUACAGCAACUUCGACCAGGAGUUCCUGAACGAGAAGCCGCGCCUCUCCUACAGCGACAAGGACCUCAUCGACUCCAUGGACCAAACAGCAUUUGCCGGCUUCUCCUUUGUGAACCCCAAAUUCGAGGGGCUCCUGGAAAAUUGAGGUUGCCAGACAUGUGCCCCCAACCCACCCCAGCCAGGGAGCCUGGGUCAGCCAGCACGGCCUGCUGACCUGGCCCAGGCAGAGCAGGCGGGGCCCCCCACUUCAUCGGCACCUGCCUGUCCCCCACGAUAAGCAGCAGUGUGAUUGUCAUAAUUUCUGCUGCUGCCUGUCUCCCUCGUACCCCAGAGAGGCCUCAGCUCCUGUCUGGCUGGGCUUUCAUGGUACUUCCUCUGUGAAUUGUAUGUGAAUUUGCUUUUCCUCUGCCCUCAGAGGGAAAUUGUAAAUCCUGUGUUUCAUUACUUGAAUGUAGUUAUCUAUUGAAAAAAAUAUGUAAUAUAUAUAUAUAUACACGCAUAUAUAUAUAUAUAUAUAUAUAUAUAUAUAUAUAGGCUGUAUAUAUUGCUCAGUAGAGAAAAAUGUGGGGGACUGGUGAUAUGUUGAUCUUUUAAAAUAUAUAUAUAUUAUAUAUAUGAUGCACACCCUCCCCACCUCCCACCACCCCCCCAAAAAAAAAAAAAAAAAAGAAGCACAAGCUGUUUGAACCAUCAGGUUCUUUUAUUUGUGUGUCUAAAUAAACACCAACUGA